GAAUGGCUACACUUGGAGAAGAAUUUCAAACUAUUUUAAAAGAAAUUGACAAUGCUAGAUUAGAUACAAAUCAUUUAGAAGCAGCCUAUUUGAAAUUGUUAACAUUUGGUAUAUUUUAAUAAUGAUAGAAAAAGAUUCAAAAUUUGAAGAGUAUCUAAAACAUAAGGAAAGUGCAUAUAAUAAAUUAUCAUAAUUGUAUUGCAAAUAAAACAAACCUCAAUUAGUAUUUCAUAUUAUGAAAACACAUGAUUUCUCUGGAUUCAAUUAAACAAGAGCAGCAAAAAUUAUGAGAUAAAUGAUUGAUUAAGUAGCAUAAUUAGAAAGCACAAUUGAAUUAUAAGUUGAAAUGUGUUAAUUCUUAAUUGAUUAAUGUGCAAGAGAUAAAAAGAAUUACUUAAAACAUAAGAUGCAAAUAAGAUUGGCAACAUUAUAUAAUGAAUAAGAAAAAUUCACUUAAGGAAUUGAAAUCAUAGAUAAGAUUGUAGGUGAAGUAAGAAAAGCUGAUGAUAAACAUUUACUAUUGGAAAUUUAUCUUAUUGAAAGUAAAUUACAUUUUGGAUAAACAAAUCUUGCUAAAGCCAAAGCUUCAUUAACAGCAGCUAGAGCAUGUUCAAAUACAAUCUAUUGUCCACCACAUGUUUAAGCUGAAAUUGAUAUGAUGGCUGGUAUUCUCUAUGCAGAAGAAAGAGAUUACAGAACUUCUUAUUCCUAUUUUUAUGAGGCAUUUGAAGCAUUCAAUAAUUUAGAAGACAAAAGAGCUUUAAGUACACUUAAAUAUAUGUUAUUAUGUAAAAUUAUGAUUGGAGCUACUGAUGAAGUCAAAUAAAUAUUAACUGGAAAGUAUGGUUUAAAAUAUGCAGGAAGAGUAAUUAUAUAUAUAAUAUUAAUAUUAGAAUUUAGAAGCUAUGAAAGCAAUUUCUAAUAGUAAUUAAAAGAAAUCUCUUAUUGAAUUUACUAAAGUUUUAGAUGAAUUUAGGGAAGAAAUUGAAGGUGAUAAAGUUAUGAAAUUACACAUUAAAUAGUUAUAUGAAGUCUUAUUAGAAAUGAAUCUAUUUCAAGUCAUAUAACCAUAUUCUAAAGUUUAAAUUGAUUAUAUCACUUAAAGAAUGUAAAUAGAUGUAGAAAUUAUAUAAAGAAAGUAAAAUAUCAAUUAAUAAUUUAAGAUUAUCAGAAUUAAUUCUAGACAAGAAAAUUGAUGGAACUUUAGAUUAAGGAGAUGAUUGUUUAAUAUUGUUUGAUACAAUUAAACAUGAUAAUUUAUAUCAACAUUCCCUUAGUUUGAUUAACAAUUUAAAUGGAGUAGUAGAUAAAUUAUUUGAUAGAGUGAAAGUUAAAUGAAC